AUGCCCAAAUCCGCAGCCAGCCCGCGGUCGCGACGCGGGAGCCCCAACCGGGCUCGCUUCUUGGCCGUCCGCCUCCCGUCCCGCUUGCGAGGGAGGGCAGUCGCCGGCUCCCAGGCCGCCCGGGGUGGGCGGCUAGGGGGUCCUCGAGGGGGCUGGCUGGGGGUCCUCCGGGAAAGAAGACUCGCGAUUGAUCACUUUUCUCCAACUUCUGCCCCCGCCCCCACCCCUUGCAGGUUAGCUUUAUACGUCUAUGAAUACUUGCUACACGUGGGAGCCCAGAAGUCCGCCCAGACCUUUUUGUCCGAGAUCCGAUGGGAAAAAAACAUCACGUUAGGAGAACCGCCGGGGUUUUUACAUUCGUGGUGGUGUGUUUUCUGGGACCUUUACUGGCCCAGAGCAGACACCUUGAGCAUUCGAGAAGCGGCCUUCCACAACGUGAGCAACCGCUUAAUCCCGGCCACGCUCCGGCUGGGGGCCCGGCCUGUCAACCGAAGCAAGCCCGGGGCCGGCUAG